AUGGAGAAGUACCGGCGACACAGUGCUGACGAGGUCAUGGCCGGCCAACAGCUGCUGCGAGGUCCUGGACGCUUCCAUCCUUACCACCGGCAGUACAGCGGCGGAGGCCUGCCCUGUGAACCCCCAGCCUGCCCUCGCACCCUCGACCUCUUCCAAGGUGUUGGGAUCCGCGAGGCUCCCCCUGUUGCACAGCCCUACCAAGAUCCAACAGACAACGGGAACCCCUGGGGUCCACCCUUGGGAUGCAUCCUGCAGACUCCCAGAACAAUGGGAUCGGAGAGAGACUUCCUGGGCGUUCCAGAGGAAACCCCAUGCUACCCCGAGCAGAUCCACAGCACCUAUGGCUCCCUCCCUCCCCUUGAGCCGUCAAGACUGACGGAGGCACAGUUCCCAACAGAUGUCUACUCACCGGACCCUGCGUCCAGUGGCUCUCAGUACACAUACCACUGUGUCACUCCUCAAGGUCCCUCAAAUUCCACAGUGCAUUCGGGAUACCCCAAACCCAUCUACUCCUACAGCAUCCUCAUCUUCAUGGCCCUGCGGAGCAGCAAGACGGGCAGCCUCCCGGUCAGCGAGAUCUACAGCUUCAUGACUGAGAACUUCCCUUAUUUCAAGACGGCCCCCGAUGGAUGGAAGAACUCAGUGCGGCACAACCUGUCGCUCAACAAGUGCUUUGAAAAGGUGGAGAACAAAAAUGGCAACGCCUCGCGGAAAGGCUGCCUGUGGGCCCUGAAUCCUGCCAAGGUGGAGAAAAUGCAGGAAGAGCUGCACAAGUGGCGCCGCAAGGACCCGCUCACAGUGCGCAAGAGCAUGGCCCGGCCUGAGGAGCUGGAUCGCCUGCUAGGAGACCGUCCAGGGAAGUGGAAGCCUCUCCAAGGCCAGCCUGCCCACCCCCACGGUCACACUCAUGCACCCUGCUUUGGCCCCCCACAGUCCCCCGUGGGCAGCCAUGCCCUCCAGCAGAACCAGAGGAGUCCCUCCAGCCAGCCCUUGCUCCAGCUGCUGCCCAGCUCUUUCCCGUACUGCUACCCGAAUGGACAGCGGCACAUCUCAGCUAUGCCGCCGGGAACAGCCGACCUGGAGUCCCCUCGCCUGGUACAUGACCACCCUGGGUAUGGCGCCGCCCUGCAGGCCAGUCACUGUGCUCCAAAGGGAAUGCAGGAGCUGCUUCUGGAGGGCGAUCUGUGCAACGAUGUAGACACGCUCAAUCCCAGUCUUACGGACCUGCAGCUGCACGGUCACUUGUGGGAAGAGCUGAAGGAUGACAGCCUGACUCCAGACUCUCUGGUGGUCAUCGCCAGCUCUCCCUCACUGCCAGGGCACUGUGUGAAGGGUGAGGUGUCGGUGGGGAGCAUCACGGAUGAGAAGGGGACCCCAUCCAAUCUGCACUUCACAGGACUCUAUUCCGCAGCCUUUGCCAGCAUGGACAGUGUGGCAGGCUGUGUGCCAGUGACAGGAAACACUCCGAUCCCACUGCUGUGACCUCCAUGGGUAGGGGUCAAGUUCUCUCAUAGCUCUCCAUCCCAGGACCAGCAAACGACCAACUGGGCACACUAACACAAUACACUUUUUACUAUCAAAACAGACUUCAGGGCUGGUCAGAGUG